AUGGACUAUUCGUACCUCAACCAGGCGGCAGCUAGCUUUGACUCUAGCUGCCUCCAGGGUGGUAUGGACCCGACCGGGCUGGGCAAUAUGCCCUGCUCGUACGGGGAUCUAACGUCGUGCAGCCAGAUGUCGCAGGCAGCCUAUCGCUAUACGGCGGCCGCAGCGUCUAUGGCACGGUCGUACAAUCCCGUCGGCACUGGCGUCGGACCGGGUAAUGUGACGAUGAGUGCCCUCCACCAUGCAGCCGCUGCAGCCGGACCGGGGUCGCAAUGUUCGGUUAUGGGUGGCCGAACACACCAGGACGUGCACCGGGCCUCCAUGUUCCAGACUUCGAUGAAUUUGCAGUCGGGACUUCCGUACAAGGUGUACGCCGGACACGACUCGGUACUGGCGGAAAAGCGCAAACAGCGCCGGAUACGAACGACCUUCACCUCGGCCCAGCUGAAAGAACUUGAACGAGCCUUCCAGGAGACGCAUUAUCCGGACAUUUACACGCGCGAAGAGAUAGCGAUGAAAAUCGAUCUGACGGAGGCACGCGUACAGGUCUGGUUCCAGAACAGACGGGCAAAGUUUCGCAAGCAGGAACGCAUCGCCCAGCAGAAGGUGUCCAGCAACAACAGCAGCAGCAGCAGUAGCAGCAACAGCAGCACGAACGGCAGCACGAACAACGGUGGCACCGGUGGCAGCGCUAAUCAAGAUUCAUCGUCCGUGAAGAGCGAACAGAAGUCGUCGGUGAACGGUGGCAGCACGACCCCGAAGGACAUCAAACCGCCCGGCUCGCCCUGCCUGUCCGUAACGACCCUGUCUACCACGCCCAACUCGAGCGCCUCCUCCCACCAGUCGAACGGUGAUAUCAAACCAAUUAAUGGCAAACUGACAGACGACCUGAACGGGGCGAGUCUUCACAGCGGACCCAACCAUCAUCAUCUCGUGGUCAGCAACGGUACGAGCAACAACAACAACAGCCACCAUCACCACAACAACAACAACAACAGCAUCAGCAACAACAAUAACAACAACAACAAGUGGAACCCGUCCUGCAAUCCGCUGCUACAGAACCAGAAGGCAGCCAACCAUCUCAGCAUGAAUCAUAACCUCCAAAACCAUCAUCACCAUGCGGUGGCCGCGCUGUCCUCACCGUUUUCUUCGCUGCUGGGUGCGGCUGCUGGCGGUGGUGCGGCCGGAUAUCUGCUAGAUCCGCUCGGUGGACUGAACAAGACGACGGCCGCCAAUCAUCUGUUCUAG